AUGGAUUCCAAACCCCACGUGUUCAAUAAACUCACCCUUACCGCGCAAGACGUGCUCCUCUGUGCGUACUCCGCGUGGUACCCCAAAUUCCUGAAGCAUGCCUUUGCGUCGCAUAUCCUCAAGCCAUUACCAGCAGAGUUUGUGCGGUACUUAAACGACGAUGGGAUCAAGCUCCCACCGAGCGAGUCCUCGGUAAACGACCCCACCAUACCGUUUGCUGCCUUUCAUGCGCAGCUAGAAGCCCUCUUUACGCCCAAGCGGUCGCGGGCGUAUACCCCGAAGUUGAACUGGUCGGCCCCGAAGGAUGCCACCUGGAUCAUGCUCAACAACACGAUGGAAUGCAAAUCUGUGGAUGACGUGUAUCUCAUGCUCAAGUCAUCUAGCCAUAUCAACCACGACCUCAACCACGCAUUUGACGAGUGCGAGGACACGGCUGAGCCGACGUUUGAGUUGGUGUUGCGGGAGUGGGAGGCCGAUUUAAAUCCGGCGUUGGAGUUCAGAGUCUACGUGAAGGACAAACACAUUAUUGGGAUUUCGCAGAGAGAUUUGAAUUUCUACGACUACUUAGAAGCCUUGAAGGACGACCUCACAUUGGCCAUCGAGCGCUUCUACGACGAGGUCUUAUACGACAACUUCGACAGCCCCAGCUUCGCCUUCGACGUGUAUGUGCCAAGACCGUUCGACAAGGUCGUCUUGGUGGACAUCAAUCCAUUUGCCCGUACCACGGAUCCGCUUUUAUUUACCUGGUACGAGUUGCUUCAGAAGCAACCAGAAGCGGACGACUUUGAUUACGAAUUUAGGCUCCUCAGCGAAGCCAACAUCGGUCGCUUUGCCUCGAAGGAGCAUUCGGAAAACCAAGUGCCGAAGGACAUUGUCGAUGCCAGCUUGGAUUCGUCCAGGAUGGCCGAGCUUGCCAUGAAGUGGCAGUCAUUGAUGGUCAAGGAAGAUGAGGAGGAUCUGGACCUGGAAGAGGAAUAG